GCACGGUGCCUGCUUUGCUUAUAUAGAGCUUAUCAACUGGCAACCAAUUUGCCGCGAAUUUACCGCAUGACUUUCAAAUCACAACACAUCACGGCGCCAGAGUCUCUGAAGUACUGACCAGGCACGGCGCCUGCUUUGCUUAUAAAGAGCCAACCGGCAGCCAAUUUCCCGCGAAUUUACCGCGUGACUUUCAAAUCACAACACGUCACGGCGCCAGAGUCUCUGAAGUACUGACCAGGCACGGUGCCUGCUUUGCUUAUAUAGAGCCAACUGGCAGCCAAUUUUCCGCGAAUUUACCGCGUGACUUUCAAAUCACAACACAUCACGGCGCCAGAGUCUCUGAAGCACUGGCCAGUCACGGUGCCUGCUUUGCUUAUAUAGAGCCAACUGGCAGCCAAUUUCCCGCGAAUUUACCGCGUGACUUUCAAAUCACAACACAUCACGGCGCUAAAGUCACUGAAGCACUGGCCAGGUAGGGUGCCUGCUUUGCUUAUAUAGAGCCAACUGGCAGCCAAUUUCCCGCGAAUUUACCGCGUGACUUUCAAAUCACAACACAUCACGGCGCUAGAGUCACUGAAGCACUGGCCAGGUAUGGUGCCUGCUUUGCUUAUAUAGAGCCAACUGGCAGCCAAUUUCCCGCGAAUUUACCGCGUGACUUUCAAAUCACAACACAUCACGGCGCUAGAGUCACUGAAGCACUGGCCAGGUAUGGUGCCUGCUUUGCUUAAAUAGAGCCAACUGGCAGCCAAUUUCCCGCGAAUUUACCGCGUCACUUUCAAAUCACAACACAUCACGGCGCUAGAGUCACUGAAGCACUGGCCAGGCACGGUGCCUGCUUUGCUUAUAUAGAGCCAACUGGCAGCCAAUUUUCCGCGAAUUUACCGCGUGACUUUCAAAUCACAACACAUCACGGCGCCAGAGUCUCUGAAGCACUGGCCAGGCACGGUGCCUGCUUUGCUUAUAUAGAGCCAACUGGCAGCCAAUUUUCCGCGAAUUUACCGCGUGACUUUCAAAUCACAACACAUCACGGCGCCAGAGUCUCUGAAGCACUGGCCAGGCACGGUGCCUGCUUUGCUUAUAUAGAGCCAACUGGCAGCCAAUUUCCCGCGAAUUUACCGCGUGACUUUCAAAUCACAACACAUCACGGCGCUAGAGUCACUGAAGCACUGGCCAGGCACGGUGCCUGCUUUGCUUAAAUAGAGCCAACUGGCAGCCAAUUUCCCGCGAAUUUACCGCGUGACUUUCAAAUCACAACACAUCACGGCGCUAGAGUCACUGAAGCACUGGCCAGGUAUGGUGCCUGCUUUGCUUAUAUAGAGCCAACUGGCAGCAAAUUUCCCGCGAAUUUACCGCGUGACUUUCAAAUCACAACACAUCACGGCGCUAGAGUCACUGAAGCACUGGCCAGGCACGGUGCCUGCUUUGCUUAAAUAGAGCCAACUGGCAGCCAAUUUUCCGCGAAUUUACCGCGUGACUUUCAAAUCACAACACAUCACGGCGCUAGAGUCACUGAAGCACUGGCCAGGUAUGGUGCCUGCUUUGCUUAUAUAGAGCCAACUGGCAGCAAAUUUCCCGCGAAUUUACCGCGUGACUUUCAAAUCACAACACAUCACGGCGCUAGAGUCACUGAAGCACUGGCCAGGCACGGUGCCUGCUUUGCUUAAAUAGAGCCAACUGGCAGCCAAUUUUCCGCGAAUUUACCGCGUGACUUUCAAAUCACAACACAUCACGGCGCUAGAGUCACUGAAGCACUGGCCAGGCACGGUGCCUGCUUUGCUUAAAUAGAGCCAACUGGCAGCAAAUUUCCCGCGAAUUUACCGCGUGACUUUCAAAUCACAACACAUCACGGCGCUAGAGUCACUGAAGCACUGGCCAGGCACGGUGCCUGCUUUGCUUAAAUAGAGCCAACUGGCAGCCAAUUUUCCGCGAAUUUACCGCGUGACUUUCAAAUCACAACACAUCACGGCGCCAGAGUCUCUGAAGCACUGGCCAGGCACGGUGCCUGCUUUGCUUAUAUAGAGCCAACUGGCAGCCAAUUUCCCGCGAAUUCCCCGCGUGACUUUCAAAUCACAACACAUCACGGCGCCAGAGUCUCUGAAGCACUGGCCAGGCACGGUGCCUGCUUUGCUUAUAUAGAGCCAACUGGCAGCCAAUUUUCCGCGAAUUUACCGCGUGACUUUCAAAUCACAACACAUCACGGCGCUAGAGUCACUGAAGCACUGGCCAGGCACGGUGCCUGCUUUGCUUAAAUAGAGCCAACUGGCAGCCAAUUUCCCGCGAAUUUACCGCGUGACUUUCAAAUCACAACACAUCACGGCGCUAGAGUCACUGAAGCACUGGCCAGGCACGGUGCCUGCUUUGCUUAAAUAGAGCCAACUGGCAGCCAAUUUUCCGCGAAUUUACCGCGUGACUUUCAAAUCACAACACAUCACGGCGCUAGAGUCACUGAAGCACUGGCCAGGCACGGUGCCUGCUUUGCUUAUAUAGAGCCAACUGGCAGCCAAUUUUCCGCGAAUUUACCGCGUGACUUUCAAAUCACAACACAUCACGGCGCUAGAGUCACUGAAGCACUGGCCAGGUAUGGUGCCUGCUUUACUUAUAUAACUGGCAGCUAGCUUCCCGCGAAUUUUCCGCGCGACUUUGCAAUCACAUCACAUCGCUUCGCGAGUGUCAUCUAAGCAUUGUUUUAUAAAUAAUGCAAUUUAAUGAUGUAGAUAUAAUACUACUAAAUAUGUUUUAAUUCAUAUGCAAUUAAGGCAUUUCACAUAAAUAAAUCUUUACGAAAAAUAUAUUGAACUUUAAUUUAUGUCUGCCACUAACUACCACUAAUACUAAUCCUAAUAUCAGCUCUUUAAAUGGAAAAGCUGCUGACUAGUUGGACUUGUAGUGCACUCUAGUUGCAGCGCUUUUUAUGACCAGUCACUUCACUUUAAGGUGCAGUUAAAACCGAACCUCAGAUGGGGUAUCUAUUUGCAUAAAUACAUUGAGAUACUCCAGCAAUACUUAAUGCAAUAACGGGAAAUCUUAUGAAGUGAUUUUGUUCAGUUCAGUUAGUUAUUUUAAACUUUUUCCUGCAUGUGCAAAGUGGACGAAAUAACUGGUUUUGUAAGGGAACAAAAUAAUAAUAAUAAUAACCGAAAUAUAGUAAGCGAGAGAGAAUGCAUUGAUUAAGAAACUAAGCAGAGAAGUAAAAAACAAAAGCACUGUUGUGAGCAACACGUUUAACCAUCGAAGUUGUUGGCCGAAGGUGCGCACAAAACUUCGAAAGCCAUACGAUUUAGUUGUUAAAUCGGAAUACGUGGCGUCGGUUGCAACCACGAAUUCGAGGUUUGUGUUGUGAGAUACAUACACACACUAGUAGUAGAAAUCUUACAACAUUCCAAUAAACUGGUCGCGCAUGUGUAAUGUGUAAUUCAAGUGGUUAAUAAUAUUCAGUUAUUAGAAUAGAGUAUAAUAGAUUCAAAUAUAAAAUAAAAUGUGUUCCAAUAAUGAAACAUGUACACUAGUACGACAAGUUUUUAAUUAUUAACAUUUGAUCAAAAUGAGGUUUUGCAUUAUUAUGAAAGGAGGAGAAGAAAAGUCAAAAUAAGAACUUGGAGUAUUUUGCAUGGGAAAAUAUAAAGUGAAUUAACAGAUUAAGCACAUCCCAAACUGCCAUGUCUAGCAUUGCUACCACCGUAAAACGCCGUAAGCCGUUAGUUAAAUCGAAAUCAAAAAAUACAACCAUAGGCACAGGUGCCGUUUCCACUGUUACUACCUCCACUACUACAAACACAUUAAGUGACCCAGUUAUAAACUAUAGCGCGAAUGAUCCAUUUGAUAAAGCGACGUUAGCCAACGCGUCAUCAAACAAAAGACUUCAACGCUUCUCAUUAAGCGACAUACUUGUUGGUAUAAUGCCAAGAACAACAAAAAAACAAGCUAACAGUAAUAAUGUAUCAAGUAACACAUCAAACAGCAAUCCCACCACCGCUUUGGUAUUGCGCACAACUUCUCCCACUUUGUACAAUGCCAGCAUAGCCUGUUGCCGCGACGUCAACUGCCGUCUAAAUGCGUUGAAUGAGCAUUUUACAGCGCUUGUUCAGCAAAAACACCACCAUCAAUUUAUUCAACGUGCAUCGGUUUGUUCAAAUGCAUCUUCGUCGUCAGGUAUGUCCCAUACCAAAAGUAGCAGACGGAGUAGAAGUUCUACCGUCACUGGUUUGAGCCGAAACGAAACAACUGCGACACCUACCGUACCAGCGAUUGCAGCAGCAGCUCUGCGCGAUGGCUCACCAGAUUCAGGUGUAGGCAGUGAUGCUGCAAUGGCGAAAGUAUUUCGUGCUGUCGCCGAAACAACAACAAGCGACGAUUCUACUUUGUCUUCGCUAGGGCAAUAUCUUACCGUACACCUACAGCUGGAUUUGUGUACGUGGAUCUUGUUUGUUUUAGCAGCUUUCACACGUUUCUAUAAGCUUUCUAUACCCCACCAUGUUGUAUUUGAUGAAAUACAUUAUGGAAAAUAUAUCUCCCUUUACACGCGAAACAUUUUCUUCUUCGACCAGCAUCCGCCGCUAGGAAAACAACUCAUAGCUGCGGUUGCAUACACAGCCGGCAGUUACGAUGGCAAUUACACAUUUCCACAUAUCGGAGCGGAAUAUAACAAAAAUAUGCCAAUUUUUUGGUUACGCUUUAUGCCAGCGUUGUGUGGCAGCGCAUUAGCGCCUAUCGUCUACAAGCUUCUCAUAGCCGCACGUCUUUCUCGAUGGUCCGCUUUGUUAGGAGGAAUACUUAUUAUUUUGGAUAAUGCAUUGCUCACACAAUCACGGUUUAUUUUGAUGGAGUCAAUGCUUUUAUUAUUUGAAGCUUGUGGCCUGUAUUACAUGUUGCGUUUUCAAGAAAGUAAUUUCGGUAGCUCUCUUUGGUUGAUAUUUGGAUUAGCGUCCGCAUCUUGUUUCUCUUUUGCAACCAGUGUAAAAUAUGCGGGCUUUUUGACUUAUGGUCUUACAACCUACCUUUCUUGCCGAUUUUUAUGGGAUAAACUUUACGAUGCUACGCUUUCAAAUCUGCAUAUUAUUUUACAAACCAUUGGCCGUAUCGUUUUAUUCACAAUUGUGCCAAUUAUGUUGUAUAUAGGCGUUUUCUUCGUUCAUUUGCAACUAUUAUAUCGUGCUGGGCCACAUGAUAGUAUAAUGACAAGUGCCUUUCAAGCUUCUCUUGAUGGUGGAUUAGCUUCGAUAACAAAAGGUCAGCCACUCAAAGUGGCUCAUGGUUCACAGGUAACUCUGCGUCACACACAUGGUCGUACAUGUUGGUUACAUUCACAUACCCACGUGUAUCCAGUGCGAUAUCCGGAUAAGCGUGGCUCUUCACAUCAACAACAAGUCACAUGCUAUUCCUUUAAAGACGUAAAUAACUGGUGGAUUAUUAAGCGCCCACAUCGAGAAGAUUUAGUCGUCGGGAAUGAGUUGGAUGUUAUACGUCAUGGAGAUAUUAUUCAAUUAGUACAUGGGAUCACCAGCCGUGGCCUCAACUCUCAUGACGUGGCCGCACCCAUGACCCCACAAUGUCAGGAAGUCUCAUGUUAUAUCGACUAUGAAAUUAAAAUGCCUGGCGAGUUAUUGUGGCGUGUGGAAAUUUUGAACCGCGAGACGGAAGGAAACAUAUGGCAUGCCAUUAAAUCGGAAGUGCGACUAAUCCAUCAUACCACGGGUGCAGCGUUACGUUUUAGCGGGCGUCAACUUCCAGAAUGGGGUUUUAAUCAACAUGAAGUGGUGGCAGAUCGGAACGUGGAGCACAAAGACGCAAUAUGGAAUGUUGAAGAACAUCGUUAUACAAAAACAGAGGACCAGCGUGAACGGGAACGACAACUGCUUAAAGCUGAGAUGAUUCCAACGAAAAAGACGAAGCUAACUUUUUUAGCAAAAUUCUUCGAAUUGCAAACGAAAAUGCUUUGGGGCACAAAACAGCUAGAUACCCACAUGUAUAGCUCCUCGCCCCUCGAAUGGCCAUUGUUAGAUAAAGGCAUUGCUUAUUGGGUUGACACAAAAACUGGCAGUCAGAUACAUUUGCUGGGUAACAUAAUUAUUUGGUACACCGGAACUGCAGGACUGUUUUUGUAUAUCUUACUGAAUAUAUUCUAUGUACUACGUCGACGACGCCUCCAUUUCGAUCUGCCAGAAAAUGAAUGGCACCGAUUCCGCCAAGUCGGCGACAUCUUUUUAGUUGCGUACUUUAUACAUUACUUACCAUAUUUUACAAUGGAUCGUGCAUUGUUUUUGCAUAACUAUCUACCUGCCUUCCUAUUCAAACUCUUACUGUUAUGCUAUGUACUUGAGCACAUUGACUAUUUGCUACGAUUAUACUGUUAUGUUAAUUGUAAAUAUAACGUUAAAGGUACUUUGCAGCCACAGCGGAUUUGGUUAGUCCGAAGCUAUCGUCUGUGUAUUUUAAUAUGGCUUGUAUCUGUUAUAUGGGUCUUUAUAAAAUUCUUGCCAUUAACCUAUGGCAUGCAAAAACUGAGCCCGCAGAAGGUGAUCAGUUUACGGUGGAAAGACACUUGGGACUUUAUAAUACAAGUCCACAAGUCUACGAGUAAUCGGAUUUAACGAUUUCCAACGUAUCUUACAAAUCGGAUGGUUGUUAUAAAUAUUAAUAUGUAUGUAUAUGUACACUCACAUAGUAGAUAACAUAAGUACGUCUAAUUUAUUUUAAAAAGGCAGCGAAUUCAUCGCAAAUGUAAGCAUAGACUUUUAAUAAAAAUUAUAUUUUAAUCACCAUAUGCCAAUAAUAAUACAAUAAUAAAUAUUUAAUAAACAUAAAAAUGUUGAAUUAUUCUCUUCUAUAAUUGACUCAUUUGCAACCGCGUUUUCAACUGUUCAUAAAAUUGUGAUUGUAACAAAUAUGUACAUGUUAAUUAAAAAAUUUAGCAACAAUAUAUAUGUAUGUUUGUAUAUCCUUUCUCAAAUACUUUUGGGAGUUAUUAUUGCAUAUAUAAAUAAAUACUAGUAGCUCUGAUUUUA